GGAGAUACCUAGGCAACCUCAUUGCAAGAAUAUAGAGGAGCAUCCCCCAUCAUUAAAUCCAUCUCGAUAGGAUCCUCUUGGGAAAUAAACGGAUCAUAGACCUGAAGCGAAGAUGCCUGGCAAGAAUCUGAAGGAGACCGGCUUCUUCCCGGCCGAGUAUACCACCGGACCGUACACCACCAAUGUGGCUGGCGCGGAGAAGCAAGAAGGCGAGACAUUGCCGCGACGAAACACUCGUCACAAGGACAAGCUCUGGACGGUCCCCGAAGAGGGCAUCGACACACUGUAUGCCGUGCUUCGAAGAUCCAGCGAGAAGUUUGGGAAUGCCGAAGCCAUCGGAAAGCGGAAAUUGAUCAAGCUGCACACCGAAAAUACCAAGGUCAAGAAAAUCAUCGACGGCAAAGAACAAGAAUUCGACAAAGCAUGGCAAUUCUACGAACAGUCUCCUUAUGAGUUCAUGUCCUAUGUUGAAUUCGAACAACUAUGCAAGAACAUCGGCACAGCGCUGGCGUCUCUUGGCCUGAAGAACCCCGACCGUGUGCAUCUUUUUGCUGCAACGCACCCGCACUGGUUGGCCUUCGCACACGGUGCCUGGACGCUCAACAUCCCGAUUGUCACCGCAUAUGAUACUCUCGGCGAAGAGGGACUCAAGCAUUCAUUAGCACAAACGAACGCAAAGGCCAUGUUUCUCGACCCGCAUCUCCUCCCGAAGCUCAUCAAGCCGUUCAAGGAAACCAAAGACGUUCAGGUUGUUGUCUACAACGACGAUGAGUCUCCUGUCUGCAAGGCUGACCCGAGCAAAGUUGCUGGGGAUGUGAAGAAAUUGCAAGAAGCCCACCCUCACCUCAAGAUCUUCAGCUUUUCUGAAUUCGUUAAGCUUGGCGCCGACAAGCAACACAAACCAAACCCCCCGAAGCCCGAAGAUUUGGCAUGCAUCAUGUACACAUCUGGAUCGACCGGUGUACCGAAGGGUGUCCUCCUUACUCACGCCAACGCUGUUGGUGCCAUUGCUGGUCUGGAAUCCAAUGUCGGCAAAUAUGUUGGACCCCGAGACUACUUCAUCACUUUCCUCCCAUUGGCGCACAUCUUUGAGCUAGUCCUUGAGAACACUUGCUUGUUCUGGGGAACGAAGAUGGGGUACGGCCAUCCAAAAACUAUCUCAGACAACUCCGCCAAGAACUGCCGAGGUGAUAUUGCUGAGCUGAAGCCCACCAUUAUGGUAGGUGUGCCGGCCGUCUGGGAGACAAUCAAGAAGGGUAUCAUUGCCAAGGUCAAUGCUAUGAGCCCUGUUGUACGCAACUUGUUCUGGGGUGCUCUUGCGACCAAGUCAUUCCUCGCACCCUACCUCGCACCUAUUGGCCUCGAGACUAGUAUCAUUGACUCUGUCGUGUUUAGCAAGGUACGGGAAGCUACCGGUGGACGACUCCGACUUGUAAUGAACGGUGGUGGACCCAUUGCAAAGGACACGCAACGCUUCAUCUCCAUGGUCAUCGCUCCGUUGCUUUCGGGAUACGGUCUGACCGAAACCGCCGCGAUGGGCGCCUUCACAGACCCACUUGGCUGGGUCGACGACUCUCUCGGCUCGCCUGAGGGCAGUAUUGAGAUUAAGCUUGUUGAUUUUGCGGACGCCGGUUAUUACUCAACAAACUCGCCACCACAGGGUGAGAUCUGGCUCCGAGGAGCUUCGAUCGCGACUGGUGGCUAUCUUGAUUUGCCGAAAGAGACUGAGGAGGCCUUCACUUCCGACGGCUGGUUCAAGACUGGAGACAUUGGUGAAUUUGAUGCCAAGGGCAACUUGCGAAUCAUCGACCGCAAGAAGAACCUUGUCAAGACACUGAACGGCGAGUACAUCGCGCUCGAAAAGCUGGAGUCGAUCUAUCGAACUGUUCCUGUAGUGCAGAACAUCUGCGUGUAUGCUGCAGCUGAGAAGAACAAGCCGAUUGCGAUCGUGUCUGUGGUCGAGAAGGUUCUUCAACAGAUCGCAAAGGACAAUGGUGUGGACAAGUCGGGCGAUGCGUUGUUGCAGGAUUCUAAAGUCAACAAGGCGGUUCUCAAGGAGAUGCAGGCUGCGGGUAAGAGUGCUGGCUUUGCGCCCUUCGAAAUUCUGGAAGGUGUGGCAUUGACGGACGAUGAGUGGACACCACAAAGCGGCUUGGUCACUUCUGCGCAGAAACUCAACCGCAAGGUCAUUAAUGACAAUUACAAGGAUGCGAUCAAGACGGCGUACAGCAGCAGUUAGAUAGCUUAUUGUGAUUUUAUUCCAAAUCUGACAUACUCUCCCAGC